AUGGGGGAACCAAAAGCCUUGUUGGCAACAGCUCUUUCUCCACCCAGCGUAGGGGACAUUGAACGUACCGUACUUCAGCUGAAAGAGUUAGGAGCACUCACAACUUGUGUGCAAACAGAAGAAAAUCCCCAUGAUGGUGAGCUGACUUUUUUAGGAAGGGUAUUGGCACACUUGCCAGUGGAUCAGCAUCUUGGAAAGCUGAUAGUCCUUGGUCAUGUGUUUGGGUGCUUAGAAGAAUGCCUUAUUAUAGCGGCAGCACUCUCCUUGCGGACUUUUUUCGCGGUGCCUUUCAGACAGCAUAUUGAUGGUUACAGGAACAAACUGUUUUUUGCUGGGAAUAGCAAGAGUGACUGUAUUGCGCUUGUGAAUGCGUUCAAGGCGUGGCAGAUUUGCAGACAAAAAGGAGAACUGAGACAUCCCAAGGAAGAGCUUGAUUGGGGUCGAUCAAAUUAUAUUCAGAUCAAGAGAGUCAGAGAGGUGGCAGAGUUAUUCGAAGAGUUGAAACAGCGAGUCAGCGUAUUUAACAUGCAUAUUAACACUCAACCAUCUCCUGUGGAUCAGGAGUAUGUGUACAAACAACGCUUCAUUUUGCAGGUCGUGAUAGCUGGUGCUUUCUAUCCAAACUACUUUAGUUUUGGCAUGUGUGAUCAAGAAAUUGCUGUGAAAGAGCUUGAUGGCAAAGAUCCAAAAACCACUGUAAUGCUGAGGAAUAUUCCUCCCUAUGGAUUUCUAUACCAUCAACAGUUGCAGUCACUUUUCAGACAGUGUGGGCAGGUAAAGUCUAUUGCAUAUGAUGGACCAAGGGCUUUUGUGGAGUUCGCUCGUAAUCCAAUGGACACCUUUAAGACUCUUCCUGCAGUGUAUAUGUCACUUAAAAUGGCCCAGUUGAAAAUUCCACUUGACCUUAAUGUUCAUUAUCCGAACGAGAUUGAGAGCCAGGUGGCAGGUGGGGGAGCUACGAGAGUGAAGCACACAAGAGUAAAUGUGGACUAUCAGAAGCAGAUAGUAGAGCCUGUGGAAAUAUUUGGCAUUUCAGAUGUGUCAAAGAUGAUCCCUAACCGUCUCCUAUCCAUCAAUGUAACAGAGAUUGUGGAAGUUGGACACUUUUGGGGUUACAGGAUAGACGAAAAAAAUAUGACUGUACUGCAGACUCUAACUACUGAAAUUAACCACCAGCACCUGAUGGAUUUGCCAGUGCCUCCACAUCCAGAGUUAGUUUGUCUGGCCCCAUUCCCUUGUCUGGAAAAUAAAGGAUACUACCGAGCUCGUAUUCUGUAUGUUUCUGGAGAUUUUGCUGAGGUUUUCUUUGUAGAUUAUGGCAAUAGAUCCAGAGUGCCUUUAAAAAAGCUAAAAGCUAUUCCAAGCCAUCUUCGAGAGCUUCCUUUCCAGGCUUUAGAGUUCAAGAUGUGCAAGAUGCGUCCAUCUGCCAAAUCUCUUGUGUGUGGGGAGCAGUGGAGCUACAGUGCUAGCCAGAGAUUUGCCUCACUAGUAAAUGGUUACACGCUUCUAGUGAAGGUGUAUUCGCUUGUGCAUGGGGUUCUGCACGUGGAUGUUUUCCGUUAUUUGGGGAGCAAAGAGCUUGUGAAUAUUCGCGACGUCCUUAUCGAAGAGUGUUACGCUGAACAAGCAGAGGAAUCGUAUGAAUCACAACAAAGCCAUGAUUUGCUCGAGGCAUUACUUUCGGACCAAAUAAGAAAAGAAGAGAGAAAGCCUGUAUCUUCAAGAGGAGAAGAAAAGCAUGUUAUUGAAAUGUUGUUAAACAAGUUUUCUGUGGAUAAUUUUGAUGCAGCAACCCAUAAGGUAUCUGUUCAUGGACCGUUCAGUCCUUAUGAGGUAAAAUGCUUCAGUAUGACUAGAAUAUCCCAAUUCAGAUGUGCUUUCAUACGAAAAGAAAGUAUAAACUCUGUUGUUGUCAGAGAUGCUCCAGAAGAUUCUUUUCAGCAAAUGUUGGUUGCUGCUUCUUUAUCAGUAAAUGCAACUGGAUCCUCUCUGAUCUUAGAAGAAACAUCUUUGAUGCCUCCUAUUCCUGGUCUACCAGCACUCCUCAGUAUGCUCUUUGCACCUGCUAUAGAACUCAGGGUUGAUAAAAGUGGAAAGUAUUUCACUGGUGUCCUGUGUGGUUUGGGCUGGAGUCGGAUUCAUGGAAUUCCACUGCUUCCAGAAAAUGACAUGGAGUUGACAUUUGAUGUGCAUUUUGGUGUGGAUGACAUAGCAGAGAUAAACAUUCUAAGGGAAACCAUUAAUCAGCUAGUCAGUGAAUGUGCAGUGUGCCCGGACCAAGGCAGAAUGGUGCAGCUGCAAGAAAAUGCUCGUCAGAAACUUCUAAGUUUAAUCUGCAAAUCAAAACCACGAGAUGCAGUUGUUCCUAAGUGGUAUGACAAGUCAUAUGCCUGGAAUCAGGUGGAUUCAACACAUAUCAUUGACCAGUCUGAAAGGCAGCAUGAAGAGGCAAAUGAUCUUUAUCAGCUACAUAACCUUGUUGUGUUGAACGUUUAA